UCGGCUGGCUCUGUGGGUUCCGUUCCAGUUUUUUAGUUCCAGUAUUCAGUCGACAAGCGACAGUGAUACGAACACGAAUACGAGUGCGAGUGCAAAUCAGUUUGUGGGUGUAAAUUACAGCAACAGAUUCCAACGAAACGAAACUAAACAUCCAGAAUGGUGUCGGUGGAGACUAUUGGUUCUAUUUUCAUCAAAGCCCUGAAGCUGAUCAUCAACCUGGUGAUCAUCUUCCUGUACCGCUGGGGCGAUGGCGGCGAAUUCCUGGGCAUUGGCGGCACCUGGAACCUCAACGAAGAGAAAAGCGCCGACGCGGAGAUUGUUGGGUCCGGCGUAAUGGUGGGAUUCCUGAUCUACACGGGCUGCCACACGAUUGCCUAUGCCUUCGGCACCACCAAGCACAAGGGAGAGCUCUGCGACACCAUCAUGAACGUGGUGGGCUGCAUCAUGUGGAUAGCCGUCGGCGGCGUGGCACUGCACUACUGGAAGGGUUACAUGUCCGACGAGGGAUUCCUGUACGUGAACUCUGAGCGCCAGGUCGGCAUUGCCAUGGGCUCGCUGUGCGUCAUCGAGGGCGCCCUCUAUCUGCUGGAUACUGUUCUGGCCUGCAUCCAUUACUCCAAGGGCGACACCGACUACACGCAGUAGAGAUCAGACCCUGCCCCACCCCUCCAAAGGGCCUGCGCUCGCCGAAUACCAUUUCCACAUAUGCAUUAACCGCUAUAAGCCCUAGGAUCGCUUUAAGUGCAAACUAUUUUUUUUAUCGUAUGCCGAUUACCUAUACUAUACUAUACAUUAACCGAUUUACGUUAAGUACAGACGUUCGUAAGGGUCUCUUGUCGCCAAAACUUGUUCUAACAUUUUUCUAAUAUUUUUUUUAUUGAUUCGGAAUUAAUCUGUGCCCCCCACCCACAAAAAAAAAAACCACAAAAACCACAAAAAGCUGGCAAAUACAAAUAGUUAAGACCAUGCCAAA